GUUGACAACAGAACCGACUACAAAAUUUAUUUAAAUUGGUGACAACAAUAGUGACAGCAUGUCGAAAUCAAUUACCUUUGUUACGGGCAAUGCCAAGACUGAGGAGCUGAUUGCCAUAUUGGGGCCAAACUUCCCCCGCACGGUUAUCUCAAAGAAGGUGGAUUUACCCGAGCUGCAGGGGGAGAUUAAAGAGAUUGCGAUAAUAAAGUGCAAGGAAGCAGCCAGGCAAGUGGAUGGACCUGUGCUCAUCGAGGACACCAGUCUGUGCUUUAAUGCGCUGGAGGGACUUCCCGGUCCGUAUAUCAAAUGGUUUCUAGACAAACUGCAGCCAGAGGGAUUGCAUCGUCUGCUAGCUGGCUGGGAAGAUAAAUCAGCGAGAGCCGUUUGUACAUUUGCCUACUGUGAGGACUGCACAUCGGAGCCGAAAAUCUUUCAGGGCAUUACCGAGGGCAUCAUCGUGGAGCCACGUGGACCACGCGACUUUGGAUGGGAUCCAGUAUUUCAGCCCAACGGCUUUGAGUUAACCUAUGCGGAGCUGCCCAAGUCCGAGAAGAAUCAAAUCUCGCAUCGCUACAGGGCUUUGAAUCUGCUGCAAAAGUACUUUGAGAGCGAUGAUUGCUAAAUCUGGAUAAAUACUCCCUGUAUAAACUUGGUUUUCAAUUUACUAGGCAUACAUUUAAUAAGUGUCUUGAUAUUUGUUCUAUAAUGUCGAGAAAACGUUGUCUUAAAAGCUAAUACACAA